UAGAGCUCAUCUCCCUGGAACAUUUGGGCCAGUCUUGGGAUGCCCAAUACAUCUGCAAAUGGCUUCUCAGCAGUACUGAGAGUGCCCCCUGACCCAGCCUACUCCAACACCUAGCUGCUCACUUCUCUCCUGAACCUAGAAUUCAAGAGCUCCUGGAUGAUCUAAUUCAGCAGCAGAAUGAUGAGCCUAAGGAAUGGAGACCAGGAAUAAGUGAAGGUUGCCAGCAAUGGAGAGAGCACAUGACCCAGGCAUCAAGAAUCAGCAGAGAAACGGACUCCACAGCGGGGAGAGUGGUGCACUGUUAUCAGAGACUCCGACAGGAACCAUGAGAACAAACCAGCUCAUCAAAUACACUUUGUUUGUCUCCUGUUACCUCUUCUGGGUGGCCAGUGGGCUCAUGGUUGCAGUUGGCAUUUAUGCCAAACUCUCUAAAGAAGCAAGUGCUGUGGAUUCGCUCCUCGCUGAUCCUGCACUGAUCCUGCUUACGGUGGGGAUCCUGAUGUUUGGCAUCACCUUUGUGGGGUGUACAGGAGCCUUGCGUGACCUGCCUGUGCUGCUGAAAAUUUUUGCCUGGAUUUUACUGAUCAUUCUCAUUCUCCAGAUCGUGGCUGCUGUCCUGGGAUUUCUCUUCUCCGGCAUGGUGUUGGAGAAAGCAGCAUUUCUGAUGGGGAAAGCUAUUUCCGGUUAUAGGGAUGACCUAGAUUUACAGAACCUUAUUGAUUAUAUACAGAAAAAGUUUGAGUGCUGUGGGGUGCAUUCCUACAAGGACUGGUCCCAGAAUAUUUACUUUGAGUGCCAAGACUCCAACCCCAGCCUGGAACGCUGUGCUGUGCCUUUCUCCUGCUGCAUCCAAAAAGAUCAAGAGGCAGCCAUUACUAGUGUUCUCAACAGCAUGUGUGGCUAUGGGACCCAGAACCUGAGAUCAUGGAAAGCAGAGAGUCUGAUAUACAUUGAGGGCUGCUUGGAAAAGAUUGUUGGCUGGGGGCACAGAAACCUGCUGCUUGUUGCAGGGCUAGCAAUAGGACUGUUUUUCUUGGAGAUUCUCGUGUUUUCCAUGGCCGUGAUGCUCAUUUACCAGAUUGACUUUAUCAUACAGAAACGGAAAAGCACAAGGAGGAGAGGCCCCGAGAAAUAAGUCUGUUGCUCCCAGCAAGAGCCCAGCAUGGUCUCUAUUGCUGCUGGUGCAGUCUGUGAAGAAGGAACAAACUGAGAUCUCAGUCGAAACACUGUGAAUACCCCAAAGGGUGCCAGGGCUCAUGCCCCAGGUGAAUGAACAGACACUGGAAAGCAUUUUCUGUGCAUAUGAGGCAGAGGCAACUGCUGCUUGGAAAGGACCCUUGCUGCGUGGUGAGAUCAUCUGAUGGGUCUCUCACUCUCUACUCCCGGACUGUUUUAUUGCCAUGGACAUUUGCACAAAACCAGAUCUUUCGUUUCUGAGAUUCCUAAUGCUUAUUCUCCACCUGUGGUCACAGUACUCUGGUAGUUUUAGAGAUCACUUU